UUUCACGGGUUUGAACUCGUGUCUGUGGCACCUCGCCACUUCGCUGAAGCCGCCGGCUCUCUGACGGGGGAGCUGCGUUUAAAUGUGGAAAGUUUGGCAAAGCCAAGCGCCGUGACCAACUCCCCACCCACAAGGUGACUGUUGACUUCAAGAAGAUAUUGCCCGUUGGUAUUCUCUUAUCCAAGACGAGAUCUCCAUCAACAAGAUGGGCCUCUGGACAUUGCAUCGUCCAAAUCUAUUCCUCCUCUUGCUCGUGUCCACGAGGCUGGUGUUCACAAUACAGAAUACCGAAAUGGAACGGGCGAACGAAAUAAUGAGAAGCGCGCCAUUGAUCGAUGGCCACAAUGAUUUAGCGGUGCAGCUAAGAAUACACUUUAACAACAACCUGACUGCGGUUAAUCUGAAGACUCUGGCCAAGACCCAUACAAAUAUUAACAAACUAAAAGAAGGAAAUGUGGGAGUCCAGAUGUGGGCUGCGUAUGUGUUAUGUUCUGCCCAAAACAAGGAUGCAGUUCGCUUAACUCUGGAACAAAUAGAUGUCAUAAAGCGAAUGUGCAGGAAAUAUUCAGAAUUGAAGUUGGCCAAAUCUUCCAAAGACCUGACCACAGAUAAAAUAGCUUGUCUAAUCAGUGUUGAAGGAGGACACUCAAUUGACAGCAGCUUGGCGACCUUAAGAAUGUUUUAUGGACUCGGUGUUCGUUCUAUGUCUUUGACCCACAAUUGCCACACACCAUGGGCAAAAAGUGCAGUGGUUGGGCAUGGUAACAUUUAUGACUUAAGUACGAACUUAACACCAUUUGGUCAGGAGGUGGUUCUGGAGAUGAAUCGACUGGGGAUGAUCGUGGAUCUGUCGCACACCGACAUAAACACGGCAGAAACUGUGCUUCGCAUCUCCAAGGCUCCAGUUAUAUUCAGUCAUUCCUCAGCUUACGCCAUCUGCAAUCAUCCCAGGAAUGUUCCAGAUAAUAUUCUCAGUUUGAUCAAAGAGAAAGCAGGCCUGGUGAUGGUAAACUUUUACUCCAAUUUUAUAUCCUGUCAGGGGACGGCGGACAUUUCCAAAGUCGCAGAUCAUUUUGACCACAUCAAGAAGAUCGCUGGAUACGAGUCGAUUGGAAUAGGAGGGGACUAUGAUGGCGUCGCUAGCUUUCCCCAAGGUCUUGAAGACGUGUCAAAAUAUCCUGCACUCAUUGCGGAAUUGCUGAAGCGGAAAUGGCAGGACGAAGAAAUAAAAGCUGUAUUGCGAAACAACUUUCUCCGAGUCUUUCAGAGAGUUGAAGAGGUCAAACAGGAACUGAAGUACUUGUCGCCCAGUGAAAAGGAGAUCCCCUCCAAGGAAGCUGAUAACGACUGCCGCUUGAAUCUCCGGAACCUUUUCCCAUCGAAAAACACGUCACAAAGCAGCUCAGCGCAUCCUGCUUUCACCAUCAUAUCCAUCAUCAUCAGCUCCAUCAUGUGCACCAUCUGAACCGAACAGCUGAAAGUUUGACAACACAUCACCUCCAAACAGUAGCGUGGAAGUGUGAGAUGGGCCGAGAUUUUUUUUUGUUCUGGCAAGGGUAAGGUAGACCUCUCACUAACGUGAAACGCAUGCCUUAAAUUCACCUAUUAUUCAAUUCCACAAAGAAGAUGAGGACUUUUAAGAACACAGCAAACUUAUUCCUUGUACCGUGUGCUGGGUGGUCUCACAGUGCUGAGUUGCUUAGACUGGAUAAACUUAAAUUAUGACAUUUAAAAAAAAAAAAAAAUGCAAAUGCUGGAAGUAAAAUAAAAACAGAAAAUGUUGAAAACAUUCUGUAGGUCAGGAGGCGUCUCGGGACAAUGUGGGAUAAAGUCACAGUUUCAUUUUAUGAAGGCGAGUCUUUUCCCCAAACGUCAUCUCCGCUUCUCUUUCGGAAGCUGGGUCCCGACCUGAAACAUCACCCUCCAUUCCCACCACAAAACCUGCCUGACCCAGCACUUUGUCUUUGUAUUUUACUCAAGAUUUCGACAUCUGCAGUUUUUCGCCAUCUCAGCUUUUCUUUCGGCAGGUAGUGCCUGCCCCGCUGAGGGAUUUCCCAGCAUUUAGUGGACAAUCUACUGGUGGCCAAACUAGUCGGCACUAUUGCAACAACUCGACAUAGCCUCGUUAUAUCUUGUCAAGGCCAGACCUUCUCCCACCCUCUCAACCUCACUGCACAAUGAAAAAACCUGCACGCCUAUUGUAGGCAAUGUUCUUGGCCAAUCUGUCCAGUUUCUUCUGACUUUUCUUCCUCUGCCUGUCCAUCCAUAAACACACUCCUGCAGCUGCUCCCAUUAUUCCAGCAUCCAUUCAUUCAUUGCCACAAUCCACUGUAACUGUAAUACUCUGCAAGGGACACAAAGUGCUGGAGUAACUCAGUGGGUCAGACAACAUCCGUUGAGAACAUGAAUGGGUGACAUCGCGGGUCGGGACUGAAAAAACGUCCAGACCUGAAAAACAUCACCUAUUCAUCAUCGCCAGAGUUGCUGCCUGACCCGGCAUUACUCCAGCAUUUUGUGUCUUUUAUUUGUAAACCUGUCCCUGCAGUUCUCAAUACUCUGGAAGGGACUUGCUUGUAGCAUGUUCCUUUGUAAGAAGUACACUGGCACACCUAAUAACACAGUUGUGUGAAUCUCAUAUCUGAAGGUCGUACUCGACAACUGACUUUCACAAAUGGGUUGAGGGCGAUUCACAAUGUUAUUUUAUUGCCAAAUGUGAGUUGUAACCAUUUCUAUGGUGGUCGAUGCUUAGGUGACAAUAACUAACACAAAAAUGUGAAGCUGUAACCCAUGUUUAGGAAGGAGGGGCAGAUGCUGGUUUAAACCGAAGAUCGACACAAAAUGCUGGAGAGAUAUUUCUCUCGUUUCCCUUUCCCCUUCUUCUUGCGUAUGGCGUGCACAGCCUAAAGUUGUAAGACAACUUGUUCUGUUUGAUCUUCUGUUUGUGCACGCUAAGUUGAUUGCAUUCGUUGAAACAGGGUGGACCACGUGAAGGUUGCAAUCUCCCACCCCCCAUUCCCCUGACUAGUCAGAAGAAAGGACUUGACCCGAAACGUCACCCAUUCUUUCUCUCCAGAGAUGUUGCCUGUCCCAUUGAGUUACUCCAGCAUUGUGUGUCUAUUUUAAGCUGUAACCCAUUGUCUCUUCACAAAGAGUUAACUCGUUACACCUUCAGUAUCAUUUUUGCUGACCAAAGAAACAAAUAUAUUUUGCAGCAUAUUAAAAAUAGAUAAUCUCUUCUUAAUUGGGUCUUGGGGCCUUUAUUCUGUCACAUUCCAAGAAAUAUGUAAAUUAGCUGUUGAAAACAGUAAAUUCCAGAAUAAUUCUGCAUUUCAAUUUUUACCAGUGAACUGUUUGAAUAUUGACAUCUUUAAAUACAUUUCAACUUUACACAAAUGGUCUAGAUUUAAUUAACUCAUUUGGUAUUUUUUCCUGUUUUCAAUAACAACUUUAGUUUACGUUAGUUUGUUAUUCUUACGUGUACCGAGGUACAGUGAAAAUCUUUUGUUUGCGUGCUAUCCAGUCAGAGAAAAGACUUUACAUGAAUAUACAAUCAAGCUGUCCACAGUGCACAGAUGAAGAAUGAAGUGUACAGCAUUUAGUACAAAGAUAUGGCACAGCCUUAGAGUUGUUGACUUGCAGCCCCAGAGACCCGGGUUCGAUCCUGACCACAGGUGCUGUCUGUCCGAAGUUUGUACACUCCUCCCGCGACUGCUUGGGUUUUCCCUGGGUGCUCCGCUUACCUCCCACACUCCAAAGAUCUACGUUGUCCCUCGUGUGUAGGGUAGUGCUAGUAUAUGGGGAUCCCUGUCGGCGCAGACUCGAUGGGCCGAACGGCCCGUUUCUGCACCGUAUCUCUAAACUAUAAAUAGAAUAGAUUCGUUUUUUUCUAAACUAAACAUACCAUUGAAGUCCGAUUAAAUAUAGUAUAGGUCUGCAAUGAGCUAGAUGGGAGUUCAGAACCACACUCUAGCCGAUGAGAGGGCCAUUCAGUUGCUUGACAACAGUACAACAUACAAAGCCAAUGCUAUUUUUUUACAUGGAAUAACUUCACACUCGCCAUUAAAGAUAUCGAUAACUGACAGUCAAAGAUGCUCAUCUUUUCACUCUUAACUUAUUUCUUAAAUGCACUUCAACCAAUUUUCUUCUUCCGUCCUUACGAAACACUCGGCUUUUAUUUCAAAUUGCAAUACAGCUCUUUGAAGCAGAAUCAAAUCCAUCCUCACCAAUAGCCCUGUGUGACAGGACAGCAUUUCUACGAGAUUUGCAGAGAGGAUAGCAACAGGGCCACAAAAUAUUCAGGAUUCCAUCAGUGACAAUAUCUAUCAUUCCAUUUUUUUUAGACAAGGGAGGUCAAUAAAAUAGAAUUCAAUAUAAUACACUAUUGGUUUAACAUGCAAUAUAGAUGCAAAGUUGAGAUUUGUUGCCUUAUUGGAAACAAAAAUGAAAGAGUCAGUCAAAUGUUCUGUUGUCUAUUAUUCUGUGUGUUCCUGGACUUGCUGCCCUGCAGUAAUAUUGUUUCCCUUGUAUAAUAGCAAUCGUGAAAAUAUGUACUGUGACCUCAUUUUCACUUUCUUUCAUGGUUUUGAAGCUUGUCUAAUAUUUCUUACAUUUGCCACAAUAAAAAAAAAAUUGCAAGAAUGGGUGUCUCGGCAACUUCAUUUCUUGUAAAAGUGUCAAGUGAUUGUGUUUAAGAUCAAUUUUUCAAAUAAUCACACAUGAUGUGCGGUCCGUUUAUGAAAUGUUUAAUGUGACUGAUGAGGAUAGGGCAGUGGGCUAUGUGGAUUUCAGUAAGGCAGUUACACAGAGUCGUUUACCCAGAGUAGGGGGAACAAGAACCAGAGGACAAAGGUUUAGUCAAGUCAAGAGUGUUUUAUUGUUGUAUGUCCCAGAUAGAACAAUGAAAUUCUUACUUGCAGCAGCACAACAGAAUAUGUAAACCUCAUACACUGUAAACAAUAAAAUAAACAAGAGAGGAAAAAAAAGUUCAGUGUGUGCAAAUACACACAAAUAUAAAUCAAUAAGGCGAGAAGGGAAAGAUUUAAUAGGAAACUGAGGGGCAACUUUUUCACACAGAGGGUGCUGAGUAUCUAUAACGAAGGAGCUAGAUGAGGCGUUUAACAUUUAAAAAACAAUUGGACAAGUACAUAGAUAAGAAAGGUUUAGAAGGCCAUAUGUGGACAGCUGGGACAAGUAUAGAUGGGGCAUCUUGGUCAGCAUGGGCAAGUUGGGCUGAAGGGCCUGUUCCCAUGUGGUAUGAUCCUUUGACUAUAAAAUUGAUCCAGAAGAUCCAGGUGGUUUGGUAGUUUGGAUUGAGAACUGGAUUACCCAUAGACGACAGAGGGUAGUCAUUAUGGCCGGAGGUCCAUGACCAGUGUCGUUCUGCAUGGAUUUAUGCUUGCACCUAUGCUGUUUACAAUGCAUAUAAAUGACAUGAUUAAAAAUGCAGAAAGGUUUGUUGGAAAGAUUGCAAAUGGCACAAAAUUUAGUGGCGUUGUCAAAUGAGACAGCAGGAUAUAGAUAUAGAUCAGCUGCAGAAAUGGGCAGAGCAAAGGCAGAUGGACAUUA